CCAUUAUGAUUAUUUAGACUAUUAAUUUGAUGCCUUUGUCAUCUUACCCGUUCAUAACUUGGCAUUAACAAGAUCAAAAGAAUUGGACUAUUGAAGAAUAUCAUCAUUAAAGUUUGCAGAGGUUUCCAUCAACAAUUAACUUAACAUGACCGAAGAUAAUGAUCAAGAAUUAUUCAGUAGAAAAUUCUAAACUCGUGAAGAACUCCUUGACGAGGUUAAGAAGUUUAAUGAGUCAAAAGGAUAUGUCAUCUCCAUAAAGGAUUCUCGUAAAGAUCGUUAUGUGACUCUUGGUUGUGAUAGAGGAGGAGUUUAUCGAGAUAGGCGUAAAACAUUGAUUACAAACCAAGAUAGGGAAACAAGCACUCGUCUUAUAGAUUGUCCGUUUCGAAUACGAGGUAAGAAACAAGAAGAUGGGGUUUGGUCUCUUCAACUGCAAAAUAGUUUUCAUAACCAUGACCCUUGUAUUGACUUGUGUGGACAUCUUACUUCUCGUCGGUUGACAAAAGAAGAAAUUUUAGAUGUUGGAAAAAUGAGCAUGUCGGGAAUUCAACCUCGGCAAAUUUUGUCUUCGCUUAGACAGAAGAAUCCCUCCCUUAAAGCGGUAUCAAGGACCAUAUAUAAUAUGAAGUCUAAAAUACGAACAGAUAAGUUAGAUGGUCGUUCAAUGAUAAAAGCCUUAUUUGAUGAACUUGGUCAUGGGGGAUUUACUUACAGCUACAAACAUGAUGAUGGAGGAAAUUUGACACACGUAUUUUAUCUCACCCAAAGUCAAUUAGUCUAACUAAGUCAUUUCCAACUGUGUUUGUUAUGGAUUGCACUUAUAAGACUAACAAAUACAAUAUGCCUUUGCUUGAUAUAAUUGGUGUAUCGAGUUUCAAUAAAUAUUUUUAUUCUUGCUUUGCCUUCCUAGAAAAAGAGAGGGAACAAGAUUAUGUAUGGGCUUUACAAAUGUUUUCUAUCAUGAAGGGUCACUCAUCUGAUGACUUGGUUAUUGUUACAGAUAGGGAAUUGGCAUUAAUGAAUGCUAUACGUGUUGUUUUUCCUAGGGCAAAGCACAUUUUGUGUGUGUGGCAUAUACAAAAGAAUGUGUUAUCCAAGUGUAAGGGCUACUUCGAUAAAGAAAAUUGGGAUGAUUUUGUGUUAGCAUGGAAUAUUGUUGUAUAUGCUAAGACAGAAGAAGCAUUUGAUAAGCUUGGGAUUCUUUUAGAGUUUUAUAUAUGGACAAGAAGGAUGCUAUUGAUUACAUUGAAAAUUCAUGGAUACCAUAUAACGAGCGAUUUGUGAGUGCUUGGACAGAAAAAUAUGCACAUUUUGGCAACCGUGCCAGUUCAAGAGCAGAAGGUGAACAUGCAAAAUUAAAGGGUUACCUACUAGUGUCAAAUGGAGACUUUCGGCAAGUAAGAGAUAACAUUUCUUUGCCUAUUGAUAACGAAUAUCAAGAGAUAAAGACAAUGCUUGAAACAGAAAGAAUUCGAGUGCCUCUCAAGUAUCGCAUCCCUUUCUUUAAAAAUCUUGUUGGCCGUGUAUCAACUUUUGCGAUGAACAAGCUUUACGAACAAUAUGAAAUGGCAAAAUUUGGCAAGGUGAAGGAUAUAUGCACGAUGCAUUUCCGAUCUACUAUGAAGUUGCCUUGUGCUCAUAUGAUGCAUGGUUGGAAAGAAAAUGCUUUACAUUUGGACUUAGUAGAUGCACAGUGGAGGAUUGACAUAAGGUCAUUAGAGACUUCUAGCACAAAUACAAUUGAUAGUGUCAAUGAAAUUGAAGAUCUUACUGACAAGCUACGAGAUAAAUAUCAACAUAUGCCUUCUUUUAAACGAGAUGAGAUCAAACAAAAAAUAUCGUUUAUGUUGAAUGAAGUGGAGCCUAUUUUGUCCGAGCCAAAUGUCCAACCUCAUAGAGGACGUAGACCAAGUACAAUCAAGAGAAAGGAACCAUUAAGUUCAACUAGAAGAGAUCCAUCACAAUUUGAAAUGGUAGAAGCUAGCCUCGUUGAAACGUUCUAAGGGUCAAGGAACAACACAUGAUUCACAUGAGGUUUUUACCGUCAAUGAUGAAAGUGCACUAGAUUUGAUUGAUCUUAAUGAACCUCCAGUUUGGUUUGAUUGAUGUUCUUUUAAUGUAAGUCAUUUUUUAAUCUUUUUGCUUUUAUACCUUACGAGUAGUAUUUGAUAGACAUUGUUAUAUUUUAUUUUUUAUAAUUACGAAUAAGAGCCUUG